AUGGCGCUGGCACCGAAAGUGAUCAUGACCUGGUUCUUCACUCUCCUGUUUCUCAUCCUCUUGGCUCUGCGUCUGGACCAGAAUACAACCUGGAACUGGUUCAUUAUCUUCCUUCCCCUGUGGAUCUUCGACUUCUUAGUCCUCUGCAUUCAGCUCCUGAGGAUCGUCACGCACGUCAGGACUGGCCACGACCGCCAUCUUGAGAUGACCAUGUCGACCAAGAUUUUCUUCGUCAUUGGGAUAGGCCUGAAGCUCUUGUUCCAGGUCCUGUUAUGUGUGCGGCUGGAGUACAAGCAUGAUUUGGCCCUGUUCUACGUUUUCAUACCUCUGUGGGUGAUUCUAAUAUUUGGAGCUGUCCGUUUGACCCCUUGGAUUGUGAAGCAGACAUGA